UGUAGAAAUUCAAGUAACUUGAUUAACUGAAUGACCUGCAAAGAUAACACUGGACAAAACAAUCUUUUUUUCUUCUCUUUCACUCUGGCCUUCAGUUGAUCCUUUGGAGAUGAAAAUUGAUAUCCACAGUCAUAUUCUGCCUAAAGAAUGGCCUGACCUGAGAAAGGUGGGAGUCCCUGAAAUGGUCCACAAGCUCCAUCAUUGUUGAUCAUCCAUGAAAAGAGUAUUGGCCAAUGAAAUGAGCCAGAAUGAAUGAAUGAAAAAGGCCAAAAGAACAUUUGUAUAGAUUCUGCAACAUAUCAGAAAGAGAAAGAAGAUGAGAAAAUCCCAGGCCCCAUACUGAGGAAGUCUGGGAGCUGAUGGCAGAGGUUUCAAGUGAUUUUAAGUACCACUCUCUUUUGAGGAGAGGGGAAGAGGGUGAAAGACUCAAGAACAAAGUCCAAAGGAGAUAUGGCUAUGGAGGAUGGGUGCAGCUCCAUCACAGCAAGGGAGAAGCCAGGAUGAUGAAAGAUGGAAAAAUCUUCCGAAUUGUCCAAGAAAACUGCUGGGAUCCAGAAAUUCGUAUUAGGGAAAUGGAUCGAACAGGAGUAACUGUUCAAGCCCUUUCUACCGUCCCUGUUAUGUUCAGCUACUGGGCCAAACCUCAUGAUACUUUAGACCUGUGCCAGAUUUUAAACAACGACUUAGCCACAACUGUUGCAAAGUACCCAAAAAGGUUUGUUGGUUUGGGAACAUUGCCAAUGCAGGCUCCAGACUUGGCGGUGAAAGAAAUGCAUCGAUGUGUGAAGGAACUGGGUUUUCCUGGGAUACAGAUCGGAUCCCACAUCAAUGAGUGGGACUUGAACUCUAAGGAGCUAUUCCCUGUCUAUGCUGCUGCAGAAGAGCUGAACUGUUCCUUAUUUGUACACCCCUGGGAUAUGCAGAUGGAUGGACGGAUGGCCAAGUAUUGGCUCCCCUGGCUAGUGGGCAUGCCAGCAGAAACCACCAUAGCCAUUUGUUCAAUGAUUAUGGGAGGAGUCUUUAAGAAAUUUCCUAAACUUAAAGUGUGCUUUGCACAUGGAGGUGGUGCUUUUCCAUUCACAGUGGGGAGAAUAUCUCAUGGAUUCAAUGUGCGCCCUGAUCUGUGUGCCCAAGACAACUCAAUUGACCCAAGGAAAUACCUUGGUUCUUUUUAUACUGACUCCCUGGUUCAUGAUCCUCUGGCCCUGAAGCUGCUGACAGAUGUUAUAGGAAAGGAUAAAGUCCUUUUGGGGACUGAUUAUCCCUUUCCCUUAGGUGAUCUAGAAGCUGGAAAACUUAUAGAAUCUAUGGAAGAAUUUGAUGAUGAAACAAAGGAUAAACUCAAGGCUGGCAAUGCUUUGGCAUUUUUAGGUCUGGAGAAAAAACAAUUUGAAUGACUGAAUUUACUACUGAGACAAAACUUUAAGAAGAUAUCCUAUUUUUCUCUGCUUCUAUAUGUGUCAGAUCUAUGUUGCUAUAAAUUCUAUUGUGUAUUCUAUUUCUCAGAAACAGAACAUCCCAAAACAUCAAAUUAUUAAUGACUAAAAUUAUUCACCACUUUCUUCAUUUUUCUAUGAAGUAUUUCACUACACAAGAAAUUAAAGUCUAAAAAAUUAGUACAAUGGACAUGUUCUUCUCAAACCUUUUUAACCUUAUGUGGUUUAUGGGAAAAUAAUGAAAUAUUGAGGGAAAGAUCUGAAACAAUUAGGUAGUCUGCCAGGUGACCCUUUUCUCAGUUACAUCUAUUUAUGUCUUCAGUAUUGUUGGAGUAUUGGUGUAGUCAAACCAACAUGGAUGUCACAAGCAAAGCGAUUUAACAAAACAAGAAUGAGAAAAUAAUGGAACCAAGUCAAGAAUAAAAUGUUCUUGGCACCCA